AUGUCCUGGCUUUUUGGCUAUUCAAGACCUCAACCCCCUGAUAUUUCUGGUGGAAGCGAAGGUCCAAAUCCACCGCCGCCACCCCCAGACAAAAAAAAUCCCAAACAGCUUGAAGAGGCACUCUCUGCGUUUAGCUUCGACUCAGCGGCCCUGGAAAGAGCUGCUAAAGCUGCUCGUGAACUGGAAGCAUCCAAAAAUGCAAAGGAGGCUUUUGAACUAUCACGAAUGCAGGAACGUACAAAGCAGCUUGAGUAUCAGGCCAAAUUGAAGGAAUAUGAAGCUAGCAUUGAGCAGUUGAAAAUUCGCCAGAUUCAGGUCCAACAGGAAGAACGGAGAAAAACGUUAGAAGAGGAGGCCAGAAUCCAGAAACACCGUGUUGAUUAUCAGGAUAUGCUUGCAAGGAAACGGCAGGAAGAUCAAAUGGCCCAGCAAGCUCGCAUGCAUGAAGAAACACUUAGAAAGCAAGAGGAAUCUGUCCAAAAGCAGGAAGCAAUGAGGCGACAAACAAUCGAAUACGAAGCACAAUUGCGUCACCAAAAUGAACUUAAGCAAAUAGAGGCACGACUUCGUGGAGAGGCUCAAGUGGAGCGCGAAAAUCGCGAAAUAAGACUAGAAAGAUCUCGCGUUGAAGCCAGAGAACAUCGCGAGACCAUAUUACAAUCGAUACAAACAGUGGGUUCUGUUAUGGGAGCCGGUUUGGAUGCCUUCCUGAAAGAUCGGAAUAAGGUCAUUACCUCCGUUGGAGCAGUUACCAUAUUAGCUGGUGGUGUUUAUGGUGCCAAAUUCGGUAUUGGCACUGUAGCCCGACUUAUCGAAACCCGGAUCGGAAAGCCUUCUCUUGUUCGUGAAACAUCACGAUUUAAUACCGUGGAUCUUAUUCGCAAUCCCUGGCAGGCCCUCAAGAGAAUGUUUGCUCGUCCAAGCGAUCCUUUGAAAAACGUUAUACUCGAGCCCAAACUCGAAGCUCAGCUACGGGAGAUAGCGGUAGCUACCCGCCACACGAAGGCGAAUAAAGGUUUUUACCGUAACGUUCUCAUGGCUGGUCCACCAGGCACAGGAAAGACCAUGUUUGCAAAGGGCUUGGCGACUCAUUCUGGUUUGGACUACGCUAUCAUGACGGGUGGUGAUAUUGCCCCUAUGGGUAGUGAGGGUGUUACAGCGAUUCACAAAGUAUUCAACUGGGCAAAGACCAGCCGCAGAGGAGUUUUGUUGUUUGUUGAUGAGGCUGACGCCUUUCUUCGAAAACGAGAGCAGGAACGAAUAUCCGAAGGCAUGCGUGCAACUCUGAACGCCUUCCUAUACCGAACGGGAGAGCAAUCGCAAAAAUUCAUGCUUGUCUUGGCAAGCAACCAACCAGAGCAGUUUGACUGGGCCAUUAACGACCGUAUGGACAAGAUAGUAUAUUUUGACGUGCCAAAACAGCGUGAGCGUGAACGAAUGAUUCGCCACUACUUUGAUCUGUACCUGCUUCAGCCCUCAAUGGAUAAGAAACAGCGUAUUCGUCUUGCUGACGGCAUUGAUUAUGCAGCAAAGUGUGGCGCGGUAGCAGCACGCACUGAAGGUCUGUCGGGUCGCGAGCUUUCUAAGGUCGCCAUCGCUUGGCAGACGGCAGCCUUCGCAAGCGAGGAUGGUAUUCUGACAGAAACCAAAAUGGAUGAAAUUGUGGACGACGCAGUGGAAGCAAACAAAAAGAAACAGAUAUGGCGAAAACACCGUCUCCCUGGGGUCCAGGCCGAAACUAUACUGCCCUCCGAUGCCUAG